UUCACCUGCUGCAGACGAGUUCGGGUGGAUCUGUGGAUUUGUGUGUUUUUAUAGUGCGAAAAUGCAUACAGAUUAAGUCUGGUUAUUCUCUCCAGUACAACGAACUAUGAAGUUAAGAGCCAUGCAGUGGGGGGAGGGAAGGGUUAGACCGACGCAUGACCUGGCGGCGUGAUCACAGUUUUUUUUCUCUUCGCUGUUCCAGGUGUGGAGUACGCGUGUCUUUGGUGGGUACCAAUCUUGCAAAAAACUACUUCUUGCAUUAGUUUACAUCAGUUGAGGCGCCUUGCUCGGCCGAAGUUCUUCCAUGUUAAAUCUAUGUUACCAUGAUGAGCUAUGAGAUAUAUGAAAUAUCGGCGUUGAGGAGAAAAUAAAAAAGGCUGUAUAUGUGUGUGAAUUAGGGCUAAACGAAAUUGUGUUCAAUGCACCUCGCAUUCACGCUCUGCCAUGUGAAUAUAUUUGACUAUUUAGAUAGAAACCUGCUGCCCUAGAAGAUAAAUUAAAUAUCUUCUGAUAAUUUACGUAUUUGUUCAAUGGCAGAAUAAGAGAAGAGAACAGAGCGAAGCCCAGUUGGAAACCAGAGAUUUUACGGAGCGGCUCCUUCAAAUCUCGCUCCACCUCCUCCGACUAAAUUCGACCGACGCCACAAUAUCAACACUGAUCAUCACAUAAUCAUCGAGACUUUUAUUAAUGAGGUAAAUCUUUCGUCAGAGCAGCGCAUUUAUCAGCCGCUUGCUCGCUCAUUUUCCUCUCUCUCCCACACACACACAAACAGUGUGAUCGGGCACAUGUAUAAACUCAGCCUGCGUACAAACAACAGAUUUUAAAAAACUACAUAAAUGUAUCUGGAGCCGGAGGAGAUGGUGUCACACCGUUUGGUUUGACGCUGGUGGCACAGCGCGAAUGACAGAGGCACAGAGCCGCUUAAAAACUGUAAGUCACACUUUUUUUAUUUAUGUAUUUAUUUUAUUUUGCCGUGUUUGUCUUAUUUUGAAAGCCCACAGCGGGAACUUCUUGGGAUUAGUGUAGCGCACAUCUCUCUCAGAAGCAGAAUCCCUCGCUCUGAGUAAAUCGUGUCUGUUAGGGUUUAAGUUAGUUCCUAGUGGUUCAUUUAGUGUAUGAAACGUGUUUAGUAAUAUGCAACUGCCCCGUUGUAUGUUACAGAGAAUAAGGUUAAAGUGUUUCCACUAAGCCUGAGUCAAUUGAAGUGAAUUAAGAAAGCAUCAAAGCAAACAGAGACGUCACAGAAGCAUCUUUGUGCCGCCUCAGUGUGAAUAAUAAAAUAAUUUUAAAAUAUAUUCUUCCUUGAUAGGUAAUUGGUACAGAGACGGUUGACUGUUCCUUUGAACAUUGUCCCACAGGCUCUGUAGUAAAUGGUAAAUGGAUUUGUAUUUAUAUAGCGCUUUUCUAGUCUUGAUAACACAAAGCGCUUUACACUACAGUUUCACAUUCACCCAAUCACACACACAUUCAUACAGUGCAUCUAUCCCAGCACUUUGUUAUUCUAUGGGGGCCAUUCAGGGUUCAGCAUCUUGCCCACGGACACUUCGGCAUGCAGAUUGUUCAGACUGGGGAUCGAACCGCCGACCUUCAGGUUGGAGGACGACCACUCUACCCCUCAGCCCCAGCCGCCCUCCUCAGCCACAGCCGCCAUUCAAAAGCAAUUGAAUGUGAAUGUGGCAGUGUAAGGGGUGUUCAGUUGCUGUCGCUAGUAGGUCUGCACUACUUAACCAUUAUAAAGUCACACAUCCACAUUUCAAACCAGUAUUUAUGGAACCUUUAAGUCUCAUAAGAGUCGCCGACACACACCUCACAACUUAACUGAUUUUUUACCUGGUGAGGAAUCCUCAUCUCUGUCUAGUGGGGGUGUUGACACUGACAUACUCUCCUCACCAGAGUCCUCCGGUUCAAGGUCAGUUUGGCCCAGCAUCUUCCGUGUUCCUAAUUUGUUACGAUGCAGAGCUAAAACUUGAGCAUGGUCGUGCAGCAUACAGUGAAAACGGUACCUUGCUUACUCCAGAUCAUAAACUGAGGUCUAACAUUCUUGAAGGACUGGUGCAGGAAAUAGUAAGGUACAAACUUUAUGUCAUGGAUAAGCAGUUUACCAAUGUUGGAGAAGCACUCAUCUCAAAGCAUCCCUGCCUGACUGAGAGAGGCUCCCUCACCGGAUAUGCUGGGUGGAAAGCUAGUUUGAAAAACAAACUGGCGAUCUACCGCACUCAAUUGAGAAAACUGGUGUUUCGUGAGGUGAUGGUUAACUCUCUCAAGGAGACACCAGAGGGAAAACCAAGUGCUGCUUUUGGAAUCAAAAAACCAAAGCGGUCCGAAGUGAAUUACUGCCCACCCUAUCCUAUUGGUGAAACCGACGUGAGCCUUGAGAGUCUGAGAGUGGAACUUCUUUCGGAUGCCAAGAAGAGGAAUAACAGGGAGGUGGUGAGGAUGAAGAUGGAAAAGACAUUCGCAUAUAGGAGAUAUGAAGUGGUACGUGACACACCCAUGGCACAAGACUUCCAGACAAGAUGGCCAGCGCUCUUUGACGUAAAUGAGAUAAAUGCAGAAUUCAAGCGCAUUACUACCAUGCCCCUGCAAUCGAGAUUUAUCUCACAGGUGGAUGUAUUAUCUGACAAACUUUUGAAGCUGUUUGGAAAGAGAGGAGGACAGCUAGGCAAGCUACUACAGGGCAUUUUGCAAAACAUAACUCAAGAUGAUGACGUUGACGUAGGACGGGAAUGUUUUCUCAAGGGGCUGUGUGUGUAUCUCAACGAGGACCCAGUAAAUCUAGUGAGAGAGUUUGUGGCAGAGGACGAAGCCAUCUUCGAAGGAGCCAUUGAGGAGACUACGGUGGGAAUAUACGUUGUUAAACAUGAUGCCACCAGUCAACCAGAGGACAUUGGGAUUAUCCUUGAAGGCCAGCAGAUAUUGCGUGAUUUGAACAACGUUGCAUUGGCUGCUGCCAUGUUAUUUGGCCUCAUGAAUGCAAUGAACCUGAACUAUCCUCCAGAACUAAAGUACACUUUCGAUGUGCUCCAAAAAGUUGUGAUGGAGCUGGACGGCAACACACUCUCUAAGAAAACCCAAGUUCUCAAAAACAGACUCUGUGAGUGAGCUGUUGACAUGGACCAUUGUUGCUCUUUAACUGCAUUCAUCCUGGACUUUGGACAUGCACUUAUGCAACUCUCUUGCACUUCCUUUAUGUAUGCUUUUUGCAGUAUUUACCUGUUGUAGGUUGUUAUUUUUCCGAAGAUUGUUUCUCCUGGGGACAUGUGUUCCCAAAUGUACAUCUUGCAUCAAAGUGCCUUGCCAGAUUAACAGAUUCCAUUUAAACUAAUGGAUUUGCAGUCAGUCUGUUAGGGAUUGGCAAAAUAUUUAACAUUUUUAACACUGUGAAAUAUAACAGUGAGGAAGUAGGACAUUUUUACUUUUAUAUUUCAGAGCCCUUUGGGACAGUCAAACACUGUCUAAUUGUAAACCAGGGGACAUUUAACUAGCUGAUUUCAGAAGAUUGUUUCAUUGUUUCAGCUCUCUUAUCUAGGAAUAUUACUAAGUCUAUAACAUGACAACCCAUAGUUGGGACCAGGAAGCAGAGCUGCAGUGCUAAACACUUCUCUGCGCUCCCUCUGGAUCAGUCACAAAACCCCAUAGAGAUUGUGUCUGUUCACCGUCCGAUUAAAUUAUUGAAAUUAAACAAUAACAGAGCGAGAACUCCACACAAACAUUUAAUACAAAUUAAAACAACCUCUGAAACAAUACAGGAAACCCAGACUUUUAAAUGUGGUCUUUUAAACAUUAGAUCACUGGAAAAAAAGGCUCUUUUAGUUAAUGAAAUAGUCUCUGAUUACAACAUAGAUUUAUUGUCCCUCACUGAGACGUGGCUGCAUCCUGAUGAUUAUGUCAGUCUAAAUGAAUCUACUCCCCCCAGUCAUAUCAAUUCACAGGUUCCUAGAGAAAUUGGGCGAGGAGGUGGAGUUGCUGCUAUUUUUAACUCCAGUCUAUCAAUUAAUCCUAAACCUAAACUCAGCUACAAGUCAUUUGAAUGUCUGGUUCUUAGUCUUCCACGCCAAUCCAGGAACCACCAACAGCCAAUCAUAUUUGCCGUAGUAUACCGUGCUCCCAGGGCUUAUACUGAAUUUUUAAAGGAAUUCCCUGAGUUUUUAUCAAACUUAGUCCUAAAGACUGAUAAAAUUAUUAUUGUUGGUGACUUUAAUAUUCAUGUUGAUAAUAAUAAAGAUUGCCUUAGCAUAGCAUUUAUUUCAAUACUAGACUCUAUUGGUUUCAGUCAGUGUGUGCACAAACCUACUCAUUGUGGUAACCAUACACUUGACCUUGUAUUAUCGUACGGUGUCGCAAUUGAAAAUUUAACAGUACUUCCGCGCAAUCCAGUUCUAUCAGACCAUAAUUUAAUAACCUUUGAUUUUUCAAUAACUGACUAUAUGCCACUAAUAAAAAAUUCAUUUUCUAGAUGUCUACCUGAUAGUGCUGUAGCUACAUUUAAGGAAAUAAUCCCAAUUACAUUUAAACCCGUAUUAGCAGUAGAUAUAAACAACAAAUUCUUUAAAACCCUGAGCUCCAUUGAGAUCGACCACCUCGUCGAUAGCUCUGCAGACUCAUUACGAUUAACAUUAGACUCUAUAGCGCCUCUAAAAAAGAAAAAUGUCAAACAUAGUAAAUUAGCUCCGUGGUAUAAUUCCCAGACAAAUGAGUUAAAACAAUUAUCAAGAAAACUAGAAAGGAAGUGGCGCUCCAGCAAAAAUGUUGAAAACCUCAUAGACUGGAAGAAUAGUGUUAAAGAAUAUAAAAAGGCUCUCCACAAAGCAAGAGCCGCCUACUAUUCAAAACUAAUAGAAGAGAAUAAGAACAACCCCAGGUUUCUCUUCAGCACUGUAGCCAGGCUGACAGAGAGUCAAACCUCCACCGAACCCAGUAUUCCUCGAUCCCUAAAUAGCAAUAUCUUUAUGACCUUUUUUAAUUAUAAAAUUCAAACUAUUAGAAAUAAAAUCAACCAUCUCCUGCCCUCAAUUGGCACUAAUACCCUCCCAACAACAGAGAUCUCAGAAACGGCUGAGAAUCCUACCCAUUACUUAGACAGCUUCUCUCUGAUCACCCGUGAUCAGUUUACCAAAUUAAUCUCAGGUUCUAAACCAACAACCUGUAUCUUAGAUCCCAUUCCUACCAAAUUACUUAAAGAAAUUCUGCCCCUAAUUGUUAGUUCGUUACUUAACAUAUCAAUCUGUCAUUAUCAUCAGGUUAUGUACCACAGUCUUUUAAAAUAGCUGUCAUCAAACCCCUACUCAAAAAACCCACCCUAGACCCAGAGGUUUAAGCCAAUUACAGACCAAUAUCUAACCUCCCCUUCAUUUCUAAAAUCUUAGAAAAAGUGGUAGCCAAUCAGCUGUGUGAGUUUCUCCAGGAAAAUAAUAUAUAUGAAGACUUUCAAUCGGGGUUUAGAGCCAAUCACAGUACAGAGACAGCCUUGGCAAAAGUCACUAAUGACCUUUUAAUAGCCUCAGAUCAGGGACUUGUGUCUGUCCUCGUUCUGUUAGAUCUCAGUGCAGCAUUCGACACAAUUGACCAUCAAAUUUUAUUACAAAGACUAAAACAGUUAAUUAACAUUAAUGGAACCGCCCUUAACUGGUUUAAAUCGUAUUUUUCUGAUCGCUCCCAAUUUGUGCAAAUUAAUGAUGAGUCAUCUGUGCGCACCAAAGUUAAUCAUGGUGUUCCACAGGGCUCUGUGCUCGGCCAAAUUUUAUUCUCAUUAUAUAUGCUUCCACUAGGAAACAUUAUCAGGACACACUCGGUAAAUUUCCACUGCUAUGUGGAUGACACCCAGUUAUAUUUGUCAAUAAAACCUGAACAAAGUAAUCAAUUAACUAAACUUCGAACAUGUCUCAAGGACAUAAAAACCUGGAUGACCCGCAAUUUUCUCUUAUUAAACUCAGACAAAACAGAGGUUAUAAUACUUGGCCCCAAACACCUUAGAGAUGCAUUAUCUAAUGAUAUAGCUGCGCUAGACGACAUUGCCCUUGCUUCCAAUGAAACAGUCAGGAACUUGGGAGUGAUCUUCGAUCCUGAUUUAUCCUUUGAUAGUCACUUAAAACAAAUUUCUAGGACCGCUUUUUUCCACUUGCGUAAUAUUUAAAAAAUUAGACAUGUCCUUUCACAAAAGGAUGCUGAAAAACUAGUCCACGCCUUUGUUACAUCGAGACUGGACUAUUGUAAUUCAUUAUUAUCAGGCUCCAGCAGGAAGUCGUUAAAGAGUCUACAGCUUGUCCAAAAUGCCGCAGCACGUGUCCUGACGAGAACAAAGAGAAGAGAGCACAUUUCUCCAAUAUUAGCAUCGCUACACUGGCUUCCAGUUAAAUCUAGAAUAGAAUUUAAAAUUCUCCUCCUCACCUUCAAGGCCCUUAAUAAUAUAGCGCCUUUAUACCUUAAAGAGCUGUUAAUACCUUAUAAACCCACUAGAGCACUCCGCUCCCAGAAUUCAAGCCUACUUGUCGUCCCUAAAUUCUCUAAAAGUAGAGUAGGAGCCAGAGCUUUUAGCCAUCAAGCCCCUCGGCUGUGGAAUAAUCCACCACUUUCAGUUCGGGAGGCAGUCACCAUCUGUUCGUUUAAAAGUAGGCUCAAAACCUUCCUUUUUGAUGAAGCUUAUAGUUAGAGCUAAUUAGUGCUCCAAAACGUUACUUGUUCUAUUUUAUGACACAUGACACACGGAGCUUCUCUUUCCAGCUUCUCCUUCCUCUUCUCCAUCCCUAUCCCCCUUCCCCGGAAUCCCUUUGCUUUAUCACCCGCAGAUCCAGGGCCUCUGUGGCCACACCAUGGAUUACGGUUUGUGGAUCGCGCACCGGGGGUCGCGGUGUUGGAUCCAGUGUGGCGGAUUCUGAGUCAUGUGGGCUGAUCGUGGUGCUGGUGGUGGACCCUGUGUCGCGUUGGCAUUGGGCACGGGCGGUGGACCAGGACCGUGGUGGUGGCUUGUGAUGGGUCCUCCUGGUGGGCGGCGGUGGAUGGUGACUGAGGACUGGAGUGGCGUCUGGUCUGGAUGGUGGAUCGUGGUCUAGAUGGUUGCUGAGCAUGGACUGUGCUUGCAGCGGGACUGCUUGGCAUGUCAUGUUGGGGUUGUCCUUCGGGAUGUCUACCCUCAUCAAUGCUGCUAGAGACUUUGAUUAUUGAUGAUGUUGUCCUGCACGUGGCAUCUAUUGCACUUCUGUCCAUCCUUGGAGAGGGAUCCCUCACAUGUGGCUCUCUCUGAGGUUUCUACAUAUUUUUACCCUGUUAAAAGGGUUUUUUGUAGUUUUUCCUUACUCUUGCUGAGGGUUAAGGACAGGAUGUCACACCCUGUUAAAGCCCUAUGAGAUGAAUUGUAAUUUGUGAAUAUGGGCUAUACAAAUAAAAUUUGAUUGAUUGAUUGAUUGAUUGUUACAAAAUGCACAUCUUGCAUCAAAGUGCCUUGACAGAUUAGCAGAUUCCAUUUAAACUAAUGGAUUUGCA